UCGGGGUGGAGCAGUUUUGCCAACACAAGCAGCCAGACGCAUCCAGCCGAUGUAAAAAAAAUGGAGAUCGGUGUCAGCCAGCGAUAGAAGCAUGACCUGUCAAACAUCACUCAGCACUAUCUGACACCGUCUCCUUAGACACUGCUGAGGGCAGACUUCGCCUUUAAUGGCGGGUUUGUCUUAUUUAGUGCUCCGAUUUUCGGGCUCCGCUGGUCGGACUUACGGAGUGUUUUCCAAAGGCUUGACGAGGACUUUGUUGAUAUUUUUUGAUCUCGCAUGGCGGUUGCGAAUCAGAUUCCCCUAUAUCUACCUUGUGGCGUCGAUGAUGUUUAAUGUCAGAUUACAGGUCCACAUUGAAAUCCACUGACUCUCCGAUGCCUGCGUUUGGACCUAAAUUCUAACUGUGAGCACUGCCAUGUUUACACACUCCAAGAAAACGGGCUGACAACCGUGCGGCGUUGUGGAGGACGAAGAUACUCAUUCUGCAAACUGGUGUGACAAUGCGACAAAGUGACACAUCCAGCUGUUGCAGUCAGCUUUUGUCACACGAGUCCAGUGCCUUUGCAGGAGAAGGACAGCGGCAAUGCCAGCGAAAAAUGAGCCGCAGCAACAUGUGAGCAGGCGAAGGGAAAAGAUGCCUUGGAGUCCCUUUUUCUAAUUUGCUGCCUGAGAUUCUGGAGCCGCUUGCCCUAUCCACGAAGAUUGUGUUGGAGGAGCGGUGGAUAUUUGAUGAUUGUUGCUGUGGAACUUUUUUUUUUUUUUCUUUUUUUUUUGUCUGAUAUGUAUGUUUAUUAGCCUCCCAGUGUAAACAUCUCACAGGAAGAAAGUGGAUUCAGUUUAAUUUAAAAAAGUAAAUAUCUAACACCGCAUGAUACAACCAAGCAUGUUUUUCAUCCACUGUGGCUCAGACAACUUAAUAGAUUUUGGGGUACGUUGUGUAACAGGUACAUGGUCUUUCAACAGUACAGCUACCUCUCUGCAACUGUUUUACUGGAAAUGUGUAGUCUGUCGGUAAUGCAGUGUCGAGGGGACUCACUGCAUGUCCACUUUGUGUUCGUACACGCACACAUGGCACACACACACACACACACACGUCGUCACACUCACUGUUGUGUUUCUCCAUAUCAGUGGCACUGGAAAGGUGAUGUUAGUGGAAAAAAUGUUACAUGGAAAAAUAACUUUUUGUAGCUAUGUUCGUCUCAAGUUUUUAUGUCUGUGGUCAAUGUGUGUGUGUAUGUGAGGGGGU